CUUCAGAUAUCAGCACCACCAGAGACUAGACCAAGAUCUAUGUAAGCCAGACUUCAGCCAUAUAAGGAUCUGGAGCUCCACAUGGAUCAUUUAAACUCCACAUCUCUUCCCAACUCCACGGAGUGCCCUUCCAUCGAUGAAUUCAGGAACCAGGUGUACUCCACGGUCUACUCCCUUGUCACCGUCUUUGCAUUGGUCGGGAAUGGUUUCGCUCUGGUCAUUUUGAUUCGAACCUACCACCAGAGCACUCCCUUUCACAUCUACAUGCUCAACCUGGCUGUAUCGGACAUUUUGUGUGCUGGCACUCUGCCUUUCCGCGUUCUGUACUAUGUCAACAAGGGCCAGUGGAAUUAUGGGGACUUCCUGUGCCGAUUCACCUCUUACUCUCUCUAUGUCAACCUCUACUGCAGCAUCUACUUCAUGGCUGUAAUGUCCGUGACGCGAUUUUUGGCUAUAGUCUUCCCGGUGAAAAAUAUGUACUUGGUUACAGAAAAACGAGCUCGAAUGGUUUGUUUUGGAGUGUGGAUUAUAAUUUGUAUAAUGUCCAUUCCGUUUCUAAUGUUGGGGCAACAUUUUGAUCCCGUAACUAACAAAACAAAAUGCUUUGAACCUCCAAAAAUGAUCAAAGGCAUCAAAGUCCUAGUUAGGCUUAACUACGUUUCCCUUGCUGUUGGUUUCAUGAUGCCAUUUUUGGUCAUCCUGAUUUGCUACAUUGGUAUUAUCCGUGCAUUAAUGUCAAGUACUGUGGCAGCAAGUAGGAAAACGACAUCGGCAAAUAGAGCAAUUGGAAUGAUAGUGAUUGUUUUGUUAACGUUCCUGAUUUGCUUCAUGCCGUAUCAUGUCCAGCGCACCAUCCACUUGCACUUCCUGUCCCAGACCGAUGCUUCCUGUGGGGAGACGGUUGCUAUGCAGAAAUAUGUGGUGGUGACCCUGUGUCUGGCCGCAUCCAAUUCCUGUUUUGAUCCACUGUUGUAUUUCUUUUCGGGUGAAAGUUUUAGGGGUCGAGUUAACUCUUUUAGACAAUCCUUUAGGGGCAAAUGGACUGUUAGAGGAAACCCAGAUGAGGCUAAGGAAGUCAAACGGCUCAAUGAGAGUUUGCCACAAUUAUGAAAUACUUUAUUUUGAAUUUAUUUUGUAUUUACUUCUGUACAUAUAGUAUGCAAGCCAAAAUAACAGAAACAUUUCAUUCAUUUGUUGAAAUUGUAGUUGUGAACUUGAUUUGGGAUAGGGAUGUCACUGUAAGCAUGCUAGUUGCUUUAUCGCAAAACUCUGCUCUGACCCUGUGAAAAGCUCUUAUAAACUCAUUGUGUUGAAUAAUUAGAAUGCUAGGAGUCUGUCAGGAAAAUGUGGAAUACUGAAAUGUGUUCUAUUUCAGAUAAUAGGGAAUAAAUUAUUAAAGUUCUAGCCUCAAGGAUAGAAGAAAACCUAAGAGGAGAUUUAGGCCUAUGCAUAAAUUGAAACUAACUCUUCAAGAAAACUAGUUUACAUAAUUAUGUAUAUAUGUACGUAGGUCUGUUAUUGUUUAGCAUCAUCCCACAUAAGCAGAACUGAAUUGUUUUUCCACAUUGGAGGCCUGGAGUUUACCCUAAUGUGAAGGUUUUCAAUGCACUCAGUGUACUCAGGUAAAGAAGUUUGAGAAGCUCCACAACAGCCAAAUGUUAUAGCAAAAUAUAGCCUUCACAAACAUAUAACUAAAUUAUGUUAUUUUUAUAUGCGUGAACAUUACUGUAACAUUUUGAAUUUCAGAAAGGCAAAUGUUUACAAGUUAGGUUUACCUCAUAUGACAUUGUUGUUUUAAUGGGAGUGAGAGUUUAGUUUGUAAUGUUGUUAACGUAGUAACAGUAGCUCAGGGGAGUGUCCAAAUUUGAAAAUAUGGGUGGGGCUUUCUGCUUGAUUGACAGCAAGCUUUAGCAAUGAACACCUAGACUGUUAGCACAUCAAACAGCUGUCUCUAUGACAAUGGAUUCAAUUUUUGUUACUCCUUCAUUAUAGUAAAUAAGCUAAAUGUUAUGUUGCAAUGUAUCUACAAUUUACAAGAUGUCAUUGUUGCUGUAUAUUCAAAUUCUCAUUGUUUGAAGAAAAUCGUGAUCAUUAAUUCACAGCUUACUUAAACUGCCAUUUUGUGCUUUUGCCUUUUUUACUUUUGUGGUUGCACUUGCACUUGAUGACAGAUAAAAGUUAAAACCUUUUGCAGUGUUAAGCUUUGACUUGUUGUUUGUUCUCUUACUGGUCUAUUUUUGCUCAAAAAACUGAAGUGAACCUUAUCUCUCAUUGUACAGAAAGUUAUAAAUUAUACCUGUGGUUGGUCACACUUUGUUGUACAGGACAGCAUAGUAACAGAGAUAAGCACUUACCAAACGUGAUUCCAUAUAAUAAAAAAAAAAAUGUAACCAUGUUUCAAUGAUAAUUUAAGGGUUCAUUAAUCAAUUAUCAUGAAAUAAAGUACAAUGACUGAUGUGCCCUGUAUACUCAAGUUACAAUACUGUUACUAUCCUAUUACUGUGACGUAAAGUAAAGUGCUACCCUGUGUUUUGAUGUGUGACUAAAACUGAAACUAUAAAGAAGAGACUGUAAACUGCUGUACCAAACUGUAUUUUGUGUCGAC